AUGGAAAACGAAAAUACUGCUCCAGCUGAAAUCGAUAAUCCGAAUGCUGAGCAUGCUGAAGAAGAUAUUGAUAUAGAUGAACUCUCUAAUCAAGUUCAGACUGCAUUUGAUGCUUGGGAUGAAAAAAUCCAAAGUAUGUUUUUAGUUUUCUAA